UGAAAUAUAUAUUUAAAAAGAGAUUGCGUAACGCCAUCUUUCGUCAACAUUCUCAUUAAAAAUUUUAUGGCUUCAUAAAAAACAGUCUUUCACAAUCCUGAAAGUAGAGAAAGGAAUGAGUCAUUCACAAACAAAUUUACGCAUGCGCGUGUUGCAAUUGACAGUGAUCGUGACACCUUGGUUUUUGUGAAUUACGGAGAAGGAACAUAAAACUGAUCAAAAAUGGCUUUAAAAAAUGUUGUUGGUGCAAAAAUUAUGAAUGAUGUGAUCCGAUCUGUAAAAAAGAAGGGUGACUGGAAAGUUCUUGUAGUAGAUAAAUUAGGAAUGAGAAUGAUCUCAGCAUGUUGUAAAAUGCAUAGAAUCGCCCAAGAGGGCAUUACAAUUGUAGAAGAUAUCGAAAAAAUUCGAGAACCCCUACCCAAUAUGGAAGCAAUAUAUUUGAUAACCCCUACUGAUAAGUCUGUGGAACGAUUGAUGAGGGAUUUCCAAGUCAAUAGAAAUAUGUAUAGGUCUGCUCAUGUAUUUUUCACUGAGGCGUGUGGAGAUGAGUUAUUUAACGAGUUGUGCAAAUCUCCUUGUGCAAAGUACAUAAAGACCUUGAAAGAGAUUAAUAUUGCCUUCCUCCCUUAUGAAUCUCAGGUAUUUUCUUUGGAUUAUCCUGAAACCUUUCAAAUGUACUUCAACCCUUCAAAGUCUUCGCAAACUGCUAAUUUAGAGCGCAUAGCUGAACAGAUUGCGACUGUUUGCGCAACUUUAGGCGAAUAUCCUAAUAUUAGAUAUCGAUACGAUUUUGAUCGAAAUGUCGAACUAGCACAGUUAAUUCAACAAAAACUGGAUGCUUACAAGGCUGAUGAGCCAACUAUGGGAGAAGGUCCUGAAAAAAUGCGAUCUCAACUUCUGAUUUUGGACAGAGGUUUUGACUGUGUGUCACCUCUUUUGCACGAAUUGACAUUUCAAGCUAUGGCAUAUGAUCUUUUGCCUAUACAAAAUGAUGUCUAUAAAUUUGAAACAUCAACUGGGCCUGAUGUGAAUGUGAAAGAAAAGGAGGUUUUGUUAGAUGAAAAUGAUGAUUUGUGGGUGGAAUUAAGGCAUCAGCAUAUUGCUGUUGUUUCAACGAGUGUCACAAAGCAAUUGAAGACAUUUAUUGAGAGUAAAAGAAUGACUGCAUCAACUGAUAAAGCUAGUUUCAAAGAUUUGUCUGUAAUGAUUAAAAAAAUGCCACAGUAUCAAAAAGAAUUGAGCAAAUAUUCAACAUAUUUGCAUUUAGCUGAAGAUUGCAUGAAAUGUUAUCAAGGGAAUGUGGACAAAUUGUGUAAAGUUGAACAGGAUUUGGCUAUGGGUACUGAUGCUGAAGGUGAAAAGAUCAAAGAUCCUAUGAGAAAUAUUGUACCCAUUCUAUUGGAUGGUGCUGUCAGCACAUUUGACAAAAUACGUAUUAUUCUACUCUAUAUAUUGUCUAAAAAUGGUAUUACUGAGGAGAAUCUUGCUAAGUUAAUUCAGCAUGCCCAGAUUCCUCCAACAGAAAAAGCUAUGAUCACUAACAUGGCUAUGUUGGGAGUUAAUAUAGUAACAGAUGGAAGUCGUAAGAAACCUUAUCAAGUUCCUAGAAAGGAAAGAAUAACAGAGCAAACCUAUCAAAUGUCUCGUUGGACUCCUGUGUUAAAGGAUAUUGUGGAGGAUGCAAUUGAUGAUAAAUUGGAUGCUAAACACUUUCCAUUCUUAGCAGGCCGUGUAGCUCAGAGCAGCUAUGGUCGCCCAACGCCUACAAGUGUAAGAUAUGGUCAUUGGCAUAAAGAUAAAAAUGCCCCAAAUAUUAAAAAUUUGCCUCGUCUCAUGGUAUUUGUUGUUGGAGGUGCUUGUUAUUCUGAAUUGAGAUGUGCCUAUGAAGUCACAAAAGAGUAUAAAAACUGGGAAGUUAUUGUAGGAAGUGAUCAUCUACUUACUCCAGAAGGAUUUCUCACUGAUCUGCGAGAUUUAACUAGCUAAAUUUUAGGUGUGCUCUUGAGAGAAAUAUCUUGUUAUAUCUGCACAUCUCUAGGUGACUUUUAAUGUACAGUUUCCAGCUAGUCAUGUCUAAUGUUUAUUACUAUGACUUUUCCUUGCAAAUUCUACAUAUAUAUAUACAUUUGCUUAUGUAUGUAUAUCUGUAAAAAAUAUAUUCGUCUGUGAGUAAUUGUGAUGUUUUUUUAAAACUUGGGUAGCUUUGUGUGCUUUUGGUGCAAGUUUCAUCAGGUGGCAACUUUAACAUGUGAUAAUUAGCUUCUGAUAGAUUAAUGAUGCAGCACCUUUUCACAGUUUUGAUUUGAACUACUUGAUAAAUGCAUUUAAGAUACUCAAGGUAAAAUAUAGUUAAAAAAAUAAUUUAUAAAAUGUUUUGUAAUAUAGAUAAUUGUUGAACUGUUAUCUACUCAGUAUAGUUCACUUGGCUUCCUCUUUUGGUGUUUUUAAAAAUAAAAUAUUUCAUAUAAUGAAAGUUCUUCAUUGCAUCUUAAUAUCAUAAUAGAUAAAAAGGUAUAUAUAACAGUUUGCCUUGAAAUAUGUAAAUGAAUAUAUCUUGCCAUUAUUGGCCUUGUAACCAUAUGACUUUGAAAUAUAUUCCAUUCAACAUUGUUAGUUACUACAUUUUAUUAUCACUUUUGAAAAGUUUUACUAUAUCAAAUUAUAACAAUACUAGAUGCUUCAUGAAAUGUUUGAUGCAAAAUAUUAUUUUAUGAAAUAAUAAAUGCAUGGGCAAAAUAUCGCUUAUAAAAGCAAUAGUAAUUUUUAUUACUGUGUGAAUAUUUUUUUUUUGCAUUUUAAUUAAGUUAAACAAUGGAUUUAUAAUACCAAGCACAUUUUAAGUAUCUUUUUACCUUAUAUCAAUGUUAAAAAAUUAUUUAGCUUUUGUAAUUUUUACAUUUUAUAUUAUUAUAUCAUUGCCAUUAAAAAAAUGGAUAUACUUAAGGGAAUGAUUUUAUGUUGUUAAUUUUGAAUGUAUAAAAUGUUCUAUGAGAUUUUGCUUGCUUAUAUGAAUUGUGGUUUUCCAUUAUGCAGAAUGCUUUACAUUAAUGGUAUAAAAAUAAAGGGGCCAAUCAUAGAUAGUCAAAUUUUGUUUUACCUAAAAUAUGGUGUUUUCUAUAUAAAAUUAUGUAAACCAGGGUUUCUUAAAUGUUUUCUACUCAUAACCCUUUUUAGACUAAAAAAUGUUUUUCAAGAUUAAUUUUUUUUUUAUGUUAAAAAAAAAUGAAUAAGCAUCUAUGUAAAAAAGGAAAUUGUACAAGUAUAUGAAUUAUCUACAAACAAAAAUAAAAUAAAACAACAAAUAAAUUUUUCUAAAGUAUCUUAAUAAUAAAAUUCGUGAUUUUUUUUCAAGUAUCUGACAAAAAUAUAUUAGUCAAAGCUUUUAUGACAUCAUAAUUGAUGAUGCUGUACAAUUUCAUCAGAGAUCAUGAUUCAUGAUUUAAGAAACCCAUUUAACCAUUGUUUGUCCAUUCUUUUAAUAAUUUAGAGAAUGUGUUUUCUUCAUUGUGUUAUCAUUGACUUGAUGUUCAUUAAAUGUUGUGAUAAAGCUUAAUGUUUAACAUUAUUAAUCUUUAAAUUCAUAAAUUUAAAUAUGAAGUAUUAAUUUGAUGGUGAAUAUAUGUUUCAUGUUUAAUGAUUUAUUUUGUUUGAACUUGUUCUAAUUUUAUUAGAGAGAUCUCUUCUGUUUAUGAAAUAAAUGUGUAAAUAUUAUUUCAUUUACAAAGCAUGAAAUUCAUUGUUUUUAUCAUCAUUCCAUUCAUGAAUCCAUCAUUAUGUUACAUGUUUUACAUUAGUUAGAUUUAAUCAGUGUUGUAUAGUCUAUGAAUAUAUUAGCAAUACAUGGUUCUCAUUAUAACUAUUUAUCAAAUAUAAGUAUUUGUUGAAAAAUUAAGAAAAACUUUCCUUUAGUACUUGAAUUUUAGUUUAGAAGCUGGGCUUCAAAAUGGUCAAUACCUUUUUCUGUACUUGAUAAAUAUUCACUGUUCACAGAACAAUGUAUUUUAGUUAUUCUAAUGUAGUAUUUAUGUGAUAAUAUAGGAACCAUAAUCAUACAUAGUUAUGCAAUUAGGGACCUACUCCAAAAGGCUACUCUGAGAUGUUUUUGUAAAAUAUAAUAAAACAAUUUCUAAUUCUGGAUUUUCCUAAAAUUAAUUUUCUCCUUGUAUACAUACAUCGUUAUGCAACAAAUAGAAAUUGAUUCAAGUUUAUGUAGGAAAUCAUACUCUUAAAUGUAGUUUUUAAUAAGGAAAAAUAAAUCUACCAAAUAAUAGUUGGUUUCCUAUGACAUAAAUAUGUCCAAUUUUGAAUAAAAUUGAUUUGUAUAAAACUAAAUUGUUUAUUUAAAUACAAAAUAAUUAAAUCUUUUUAAUUUCUUUUUCUUCUUUUGUACAGUCUGAUUGAUGAGCUUAGGAAGAAAAAAAAUAUGAAAAGAAAUGUUUUAGGAGACAUACAUUAUCUGUUUGAAAUUGACUUGAAAGUCUUAGUAUUAUGUUAGAAGUUGUGUACAGUACUUUAAACACAUGUUGCUAUGAUGACUUAUACUCUAGCUCUAGUCAUUGUAAUUUAACAUUCCUAUUAUUCCUGUAAUAGUAUAGUAGAAUAAAGCUAAAAUAUCAUGCAA